GAUUAUGCCAUUAAAAUCAGCUCUUAGCAGACAUUGGAAGAAAAAGUAUAGCUUUCUGCCCAGGUCCUGUUUUGGAUCCAAGUUUAUACUGCCCUGUUCGUUUCAGGGCCACAUACCAACUGGAGUAUUUCCUUGACCGGGUUUGCUCACCAUUUCAAACUUAAGAAAAUGGAGGUCUUGGAGGAGCAUUGAAGAGAGGUGGGUGAGUGGCCUCUGAGGGCCUGCCACAGCUUGUGCCUUGCUUUCAAGACCUGGUUUUAUGUGGGCCUGAGAACUGGGGACCCCUUAAUUCAUGGCUGCUGACCACUUCGUACACUCCACACCUGAAGUGCCUGUGGGCAGCACGUUGGACCAGAGGAAGCAGAGGUCUGGAAGAUGGGAACAGCAGCCAGUGAGUUUAGAAGAUCCAUGGGAAAAGGGAAAGCUGCUGGGCUUUGGAGAAGAAAAGUGCCAUGAACUGACAUUUUUCCAGGAUUACCCUCACUACCAAAACCACAGGGGGCCAAAAUAGAGGCCAGGGGCAAUCCAACACAGGCAGAGAGCAGGGAGGCUUAGGUGGCGGUGGUGGCCACAGAGGUGUAAGAAACUUCUGGAUCUGGAAGAUAGAGUGAAAGGGUCUCCUGACAGAGGGAAAGUGCAGUGUGAGGGAAACACAAGUCAUGAGUGGCACAGAAGUCCCUGUGCCUAAACAUUAGACUGGCCAUUGGCUGAGAAGGGAAUGGCCACGGGUGGAAAAGAUCUUACAGAAGGAGCAGGAAUCCGUUCUGCACAUGUUUAGAUGAAUAUUACAUGUCCAGAGCAGAUGAGCACUCAUUGAGCACCUACUAUCAACAGACACAUCCCUUAGCCUUCUUCCCCUCUCACUAAUGCUAACUGAAUGUUGACAAGUACUCAUGAAUUGGGCAUGCUAUAAAAUGUGUUAUGAACUGUAAUCCUAAUGCACCAUUAUUCUUAAGCCUAAAAGGAAAGGAACCCCAAAAGGAAUGUGGAGAUCCUUGUUUUUGUUUUUCCUUAAUAUUUAUUUUUUAGUUGUAGUUGGACACAAUACCUUUAUUUCACUUAUUUAUUUUUAUGUGGUACUGAGAAUUGAACCCAGGGUCUCGCACAUGUGAGGUGAGCACUCUACUGCUGAGCCACAACCCCAGUCCCAAGAUCCUUGUUUUAGUUGUAGGCAACACCUCAAGGUUUCCCCAGAGUCUGUCCACACGACCAGCUCAGCUCAGAGCCCUAGAAGGGGCCCAAUAAUACUUUGUUAACACUGAAAAUGAUUUUAAGAUGGUACUGGGAGUUCAACCCCUUGGUAUUGGGUAUGUGAAUAGAGAAGAACCUAAUAUGAGAAAUUAUACCUAACACUUAAAAUAGUUUGAUCUGGUUUUUCUAGUAAGUGUAUACUUUGAAAUUUCCAUUUUUUAAAUAUUUUUUAGUUGUUAUGUACCUUUAUUUUAUUUAUUUUUAUGUGGUGCUGAGGAUCGAACCCAGUGCCUCACACAUGCUAGGCAAGCACUCUACCACUGAGCCACAACCCCAGCCCACUAUACUUGAAAUUUCAACAAGAAAAUUAAGUGAUGUGACAUAUUUAUACAUAUGAAAACCUGAUCCUAAGAGCUGGUGGCAACCGCCAAAAUCCUAAUGGGCACUAAUGGACUGGGGUUGAAGACGUGAGGAAGAGCCAACUGGCAUUUAGUUCACACAGAUCCAGAGGUGGGACGCAGGAGCCUCUGAGGAUAGGUGCACAGCUGUGCACAUGCUUCCCUCUCGGCCAGCUGACAGGGCUUGAGCAAAGACCUCGGUGCCAACGAGCACAAAAAGGAGCUGGCCUGCUGGGAGAAAAGGCUCGUUCUAGGCUGCAGUAGGAAGUGUAAUGGGACUGCAGCAUCACACGGGCCGUACCAUGAAGGCCUUGAAGGAAACACCUGGACAGGGUUCUGUCAGAGGGCUCAGGAGCCAACCAGACCUCCAACGGCCACACUACAGCCACCAGAGCAGCAAGGGAAGAACACACACUAGAUCAUAAUGUAAAGAGUCCCUGAAUACACACCAAUAAGUGAUUAGGUUAAAAAACAGUAAGUGGAGAGCCGGUGCAGUGGCACACACCUGUAAUCCCAGUGACUCAGAAGGCUGAAGCAGGAGGAUCACAAGUUCAAGGCCAGCCUGGGCAACCUAGCAAGACCCUGUCUCAAAAUAAGAAAAGGCGAUGUCAGUGGUAAAGCACCCUGGGUUCUAUCCCUAGUAACAUAAAAAUAAAAACGAAAUGGACAAUAAACCAAUUUCUCAUAAAAAAAUAAAAUAAAUAAUUUACACAGACAUGGCUCCCUCCAGGAGAUGGUAGAAACCCUAAGGCCCCGUCCUGAGGCAUAAACUGUUGCAUGGGGACUUCCUUCCCCAGAGUUCAGGGAGGGAAGAGCAACUCUACUGUGAAGGCAAAGACCACCACAGCCAAAGAGCAAGGCCUGAGGACAGAAGGACCCUACUCCCAAGGCCUUCUUCCCAAACACUCUCAACCCUCCCACCCCAAGAAGAAGGUCAGGCAAAGUGGAGGCCAUCCUGAAUCAAAACUAGGGAAUGCUAAGGAACUGCCACCACCCAGAAGGAACAAAGGAGACACCAUGACUGAAUCUGGUGUCUGGAUGGGAUCACUAAGUAAGAGCGAAGAAAAAAAUGCAUAAAAUAUGGAAUUUAGGCAAAACUCUGUAUCGACAUUGAUUUGUUAGUCCUAACAAGUGGACCCCUGAAAUAGGAGAAAUGGCAUGGAAUAUGGAGAAAUUUUCUAUACUAUUUUUACCCAUGGUAUUUGAGUUUUUAUAAACUCAACACUAUUAUAAAACUAAAUUUUAUUUUUUUAAGAAACUUUAUCUCAAUUUGAUCAUUACAUAUUGUACACAUGUACUGAAUUAUCACAUUGUACCCCAUAAAUACAUGAAAUUACAAUGUGUCAAUUGAAGUAAAAAUAAGAAUUUUAAAAAACUGACCCCAGGAAUUCAAAUACUACUGCAAAAAAAGAACCUCUCAAGUAAUUGGAUACAGUAACUCUAGCUUGAUAUGAAAAAGCACUGCAUUUAUUUUUGUGCUCUACCAUGUCCAAAUGCAUAUAUGUGUUUAUGUAAAACUGUGUUCACCAGAGUAUAAAGGCCACAUGACCAUAGUCCCAUUCUGAGCCUAUAGCUGUGUCUACAGCUGGUAUGUCAUAAGUGAUCAGUAAACAUCUGCUAAGCUGUGGCACAAAUGAAACUCUUAUAGUGAGUGUACAAUGAAAAUGUACAAUUCAGUGUCAUUGCAAAAGCUAAAUGAGAUACAGAGAAAUGAGACCGGAGAAAACCCAGUCCAGGAGCCAAAAUAACAGAACAUGGGUUAUUGACUUUAUCCACGACUGGGUCCUAGGAAACCAGAGCAGGUGGCUGUUCCAAGUUAGAGAUCCUUGCUUCCCGUCACGGAGGCUACUGCUGGCCAGGAAACCUGGACCCAAUUUUGCCUUGAUCCCUCACCAACUUGUAUCUUGGAUCAAGUUCUUUAACUCCUCUUGGCCUUAAGAAGCCUGGAUUAGAUGAUGGUUAAGAUCCUUCCAGUUUCUAGGAGACUCUGCAUACAGUAAGGAAAGAAGUAAGAAGUGAAGGCGCUCUCCUCUGCUCCUGUGCCCCGCCCCCAGCACUCUGCCCCUCAGGACCCUGGUCCCCUGCUGGAUUGUAGAUUGGAACCUUAUGGCCAUCUCCCCAGGGCCUGUUCUCUGGUUGUUUAUCCUUUACAGUACUUUGAUUCUGCAGUUUUGGCUCAUGAAGGAGUUUGCUCAAUAGGAAUCAGAAAAUGCUGCUGCUUACACCACUUCUGAGAAUUAAAAACAGAGGUGAUGUAAGAAUCAAAGUUGAGGAUUUCAGAACAAAAUGAAAAAUACAAAUGGUGAAAAGUUAAAACUAGCUUUGGUCUUAGUCAUAUAAAUUUGCUAAGAUUGGUUUCAGAAAGCAGCAGUCAUUCUCAUUUGGCAGCCCCCUUUCAUUUCAUCUGGUAUUUUCUCUUAAAAAUGACACAUGUUCCUCUGCAAUUACUGUAUAUUUCUGACAAAUUUGAUCAGUAUAGAUUGUGAAUCUGCAUAAUUGAACCCUCAAAAAUCUAUUAUUUUGCCAGGUGUGGUGGUGCAUUCUUUUAAUCCCAGUUUUGAGAGAGACUGGGGUCAGGAAGGAGCCAGUCUCUUCCUGGUGGGAGAUGCCACUGUGGGCCACCCCCAGGUGUGAGUGGGCCACUCCUGGCUGUGACCUCACAGGGGCCAGCAUUGUGAGACCCUUGAGCCAGCGGGGAUAUAAGGCCGGGACGAAGCUGGGACCUUGUCCACAAGCACAGGAAGCUCUAGGCAGUGACCUGUGGGACUCCCAUAGUUAGCGCGUUUGGUGGUUGGUGGUUUGGUGGUUCUGGUUGCGGUCUCUUCUGCUUGGUUCUUUGAUUUGGGGCUUUCUGUUGGGCUUUGUUGUGUUAGUUUUGCUUGUGUUCUUUGCUUUGUUUGUUGUGUUUGUUUUUAGCUAGCGGGCUUAGUGGGCGUGGGGCGGAGGAUGUCCAGAGAGAGCAGUGAGCGUAGUGUGGUGCGGAGGGUGCGUCGGGACCUCGCGGCCAGCUCCUCCUUGGAGGAAGCCCUCACGGGCCGCUAUGAGCCCCUGGGGGUCGUCGGGCAGGGCAGCUUUGCCAAGGUCUUCCUGGCCCGACACAUCCUGACGGGGACGAAGGUGGCCGUGAAAGUCCUGCGGAAGGGGGCGGGGGCCACCUUGUCCUGGGUCUUGUCGGAGCUGGACAUCAUGAAGGGCUUGGAGCACCCGCACGUGGUGCAGCUGCUGGAGAUCGUGGAGACCCCCGGCACUGCCUACGUGGUGAUGGAGCACAUGGCUGGGGGCCAGCUGGGCCAGCACAUCCCGGAGGUUGUGGGCCUGUGGGAGGACGAGGCCCGCGUGCUGUUCGGGCAGGUGGCCAGCGCCGUGGGCUACUGCCACGCGCAGGGCAUCGCGCACCGGGACGUGAAGGCGGAAAACGUGCUGCUGGAUGCCGCGGGCCGCGCCAAGCUGUGCGACUUCGGCCUGGCCUGCAGGUUCAGGGCCGGAGAGAAGCUGGGCCUGCUCUGCGGCACCGUGGCCUACUGGGCCCCGGAGCUGCACCGGCGAGAGCCCUACGACGGCCCCGCGGUGGACGUCUGGAGCCUGGGUGUCCUCCUGAUCCUCAUGCUCACGGGCAGCGUCCCGUUCACCGGGGCCAGCUAUGAGCAGGCCAAGGAGCAGGUGCUGCAGGCCAGGUACCACCUCCCGCUCCACCUGUCCGACGAGGCGCAAAGCCUGGUGUCCUGGAUGCUGACCCUGGAGCCCGCGCACAGGCCCACGCUCCAGCAGAUCCUGGGGCACCCGUGGCUGAGCCAGGAUGGGGAACGCUGCCCGAGUCCUCCCGCCGAGCUGCUCCCCAAGCGCGCGGACACCUCCAUCCUGCUGGCCAUGCUGGACCUGGGCUACGGGCUGCAGGAGACCUGGGUGUCGGUGGCGACGCGCCAGUUCAACCAGGCCAUGGCCACCUACCUCCUGCUGGGCCACCAGAAAACCCGGGGGGCGGGCUGCCAGGUGCGGCUGCAGAUGCCUGGGUGGCCACAGGUGGGGCCUUGCCCGUCCCUGUCCAUCCCCUCCAGCUUGACUCUGGGCCCAAGGUGGGGCGUCAGCAGGCCGGCCAUGUGCUCCUGGCCCCUCUCGGCCUGUGAGCAGCAGCAGCAGCAGCAGCAGCAGCAGCCUGAGGAGCUCAAGCCUUCAGGGCAGGUGGGCAGCAGGAGAGCCAGCCUGCCCGCCAUCAUGCUGUGCAGCCUGUCGGCCAGCGUCCCUGCUCCCGGCCCCACGGCCCCUCUGCCCGGGUCCUCCCAGGCCCUGGCACCGGAUCCCAGCUCCUCCUCCACCGCGCAACCCCCUGCUGGCUCCAGGACCCCUGGCCUGACCCGUGACACCGCCAGGGGAUGGAGGGGAGUGGUCCGGAGGAUGGCCACCUGUCUGGCGAGGCUGUGCUGCUGCGUGCAGGCCCCCAGGACCGGCUCCGGACGCUCCAACAGAGUGGCUCCCGCAGCUGGAGGGCCCGCGCCACCACCAGCACCCAGGGACCCCCCGGGACCUGCCCCCACCAGAGGUCAGGCCCUCAGAAGAUUCUUCAAAAACAGAGUGGCUCCCCGGCCAGCGCCCAGCUGAGAUGCCCACGGAGCCAAACAGGUGGCCCGGGUUCUACCUCACGAGGGCCAGCUGCUGGAGCGAGAAGUGCAACCUGCCCUGGCCGCCGCCUCCCGGACCCCUCAGGCAGGAGGACACCCGAAGACACCCGGACACCAGUGGGCCCCUGCGCCCCACCCGGAUCCCACCUCAGGGACUUCUCCUUGGACACGUGCCCCGCCCUGCUCUCCUCUGCUCUCUCUCCCACCCUCUGGGGCAGAGAUGCUUCCCAAUAAGCUCCUCAUCCAUUCGCAUGUCCCACGGAUCUUGGAAUAAAUUGGGUGCUCCGUGGGGA